AAGCGUUGCCCAGCUGUCGCUUUGCAUUUGCUUUGUUUGCUUAUAGUGAUUAUCAAGUGAUUGUGUUCUCUAUUUUCAAUCAAGUGAAAACGAAAUAAAUGUUAUUAGUUCUUAAUUUUCAAAUAUUAAAUAAAUUAUACUGAUUAAUACUUAAAAACAAUUAUACAUCUACUACAGAAUCAUGGGUUGCGAUGGUGGUACAAUACCGCGUCGAGAUGAACUUGUUCGCAUGAAAAAGAAACCAGAACAGAAAGAUAAAGAUGCUGAGCGUUCGUUCAAGUGGCGUAAUUGCGCGUUGUCCCAACAACGGCUCCAAGAACCUGUUGUCGCGUGUGGACUCGGCCGUCUUUACAGCAAAAGUUCCGUUCUAGAAGCACUCCUCGACAAAGAAACUAAGCCAGAAUCCAUCAACCAUAUUAAGAAUCUCAAGGAUAUAAAAGAUUUGAAACUCAUUAAAAACCCAGCUUAUGUUGAAACUGAGCAUACAGAAGGCGCUGUGGGUGAUGGCAGUGCUCCUUACAUCUGCCCCAUCAGUGGGUUAGAGAUGACUGGGAAAUUCCGCUUUGUAUUUCUCUGGAGCUGUGGCUGUGUUCUUGCUGAGAGAGCUUUAAAGGAAGUCAAGCAGAAUCUUUGUCAUAUGUGCCAGGAGCCAUUCACAGACAAUGAUGUUAUUAUUAUAAAUGGCAACGAAGAAGACAUUGAGCAGUUGAAAACAAAGAUGGCCGUACGAGUUGCUAACAGGAAGAAUAGUAAAAAGAUUAAAGCAGAAAAAUCAGAGAAAACCAAUAUCAAAACUGAACCUACAACUGAUGAACCGUCCACUUCAGGGACUGCUUCUCAGCCAAAUGGAAUUGAGGUGAAAGAGGAACCUACAGCAAGUUCUAGUCGGGCGGUUAAAAAAGACAUUGAUACAAUACCUCUAUCUCUGCCUAAGUUCAAUCCCAAUAAGCAACCUAGAGGUCACUUUGGGUCAUCAAAACGCGCACACCCGACAGAACUAGCUCAAGAUCCGUCUUAUAAGAAGACUAAGAAGGACUACAGUGUUGCCAAAGACCCGCAAACUAGUGAAGUCUACAAAUCUCUAUUCACGUCACAUAAGAGUGACAAAGAGCAACAGAGAGCCCAUUGGGUCACAUAUAACCCAUUUUAUAAUUAAGCUAAACUAAAAAUAGUUUAAAUUAUAAUAAAUAAAAAGCAUAUUUAAAGA